GAAACACAUAAAACAUCUCACACAACCCUCAGUGGCUCCAUUUUCUAGCUAGCUCUCUAGCAACUUUUGAUGUUCCACCUUUUAUAGUUUUAAGGACAUAUUUCCAUUUUUGUUGAACUGAAACGACGAAUAUUUCAAGAUGGGGGGCGGCGAUCUGCUGCGCCAGAAUCUCGACAAGAAAGACAAGAAAAAGAAGAGGAAGAAGGAUAAAAAGGAGAAGAAAGGAGACAAAGAGAGGAGAAAGGAGAAGAAGCAUAAAAGAAGGAGCAGGAGUUCAAGUUCAAGCUCAGACGAGGAAGACGAGAAAAAACACAGGUCACAUUCAAGAGACGAAUCUGCAGCAGACACCAAGUCUCGUUCCCAUCAUCUUCCAGGCUACGGCCUUCUGCUCCCUGCUGGCAGACAUCACCAGCCCUCAGCUCCCUCCAAUCACUCGGGGGGUCGUGAGAGGAGCCGCUCCAGAUCGCCGCACAGGAACAACAGUCAUUCCUACUCCUCUUCUUCACACAGCAGAGGUGACAGGACGGCCAAGCCUAGAGAUGCCAGCCCAAAGAGAGAGCGUCACCACAGACAGAGGCACCCCGUGUCCAAGAAGCUCUCUGCAGAAGAGCUGGAGCGCAAGAGGCGGGAGAUGAUGGAGCAGGCCAAGCAGAGGGAGGAGGACAGGGAGAAUAAUGUGAGGAGAUACAAGAGGCAAGACGAGCAGGAAAAGCAGCGGGAACAGAAUGCCAAGAUUGACCGCCACGCUGGCUUCAUUCAUAACAUGAAGCUGGAGAGUGCUGCCAGCUCUUCUUUAGAGGACAGAGUGAAGAGGAAUAUCCACUCCAUUCAGAGGACGCCAGCCUCCCUGGACAACUUUAUGAAGAGAUGAAAACACAACACAUUUAUCACUACAGAUAGACUGAACUGAACUGAUUGAAAGAAUUGGAAAGAGUAUGUCAUCUACUCCUUUAUGAGGAUGGAUGGGUUGGUGGGAGUCUUUUAUGAGUUCAAACAGGGACACACAUAGCUCCAUGCCUACGUAUGACUUUUAUUUUGAAAAACAGUUUCUACACGGGUAACAUAUUUUUUAUUUCAGAUACAUGCAAAAGGCCUAUCAUAGCUGCUCUGUUGUAGUUACUUUCCUGAAAUACCCCUUUAAAUUUCAUGCGAUUUGAACUUUGUACAGUACAUAGUUUUUGUUUUUACAGUAUAACACGAGCCGCUUUUAUCUCAAAUGUUUUUGUAAUAUAUAUUUGUUACUUAGUGUACACCUGUGAGUAGCAACUGAAAUAAAACAUGUUUCCAGAGCUCCA